AUGAGCAUUUUGUGUGCAAGUUUUAGAGUGUGUCGUUUCCUCCCCCGCCUUCAUCAUUUUUUACCUGUGAGAACCAUGUCUUCUGAAUCUUCUGACCCUCGACCUAUAGUAAUGAGUGGACCAUCAGGAAGUGGAAAGAGUACACUCCUCAAUAAAUUGUUUGAAGAAUAUCCAGACAGUUUUGCCUUCAGUGUAUCACACACAACGCGAAACCCACGGCAAGGAGAAGUAGAUGGAAAAGAUUAUCAUUUCGUAAACAAAGAAAACUUCCUGCAAAUGAUAGAACAGAAUGAAUUCUUGGAGCAUGCUCAGUUCUCAGGGAACUGUUAUGGAACAAGUAAACGGUCAGUGUUGGACAUUCAGGAAACAGGAAGGAUUUGUAUACUGGAUGUGGAAAUAAAUGGUGUGAAAAGCAUCAAGAAAACGGACCUGAAUGCCAGAUAUGUGUUUAUACAACCACCAGACAUGAAAAUCCUUAAGGCGAGGUUGGAAAAUCGAGGCACAGAAACAGAUGAGAGUUUAAAAAAGCGACUAGAUUCAGCACAGGAGGCACUUGAUUAUGCCAAUGCAGGGGCAUAUGAUUAUGUGAUAGUGAACGACGUCUUGGAUAAAGCCUAUGGGGAGCUAAAAGAUAUAGUGAAGGAUGAUGUUAAAUAAAUAAGUGAGGAAAGAUGAAGAGCCGGGAAGAUGAUAAAUAUUUCAGUUUGGCUGAGAUGAAAAAUAUUAAAGAUGUAGCAUUUCUUUUAAUAAAAUUAUAUUUCGAGGAUUGAAGGCUGGCUGGUAAGAGUGCUGGUCAGUUUAUUGGAAUAUUUGAUAUUUUCCCUAUAUUUUUAACCCUUGUUACAAUUUUCUUGUUAAAAUUUUGUUUAGAAUUUUAUUGGGUCUUAUUAUGU